CCCGCCGCCCCAAUCCCUCCCUCGUCGCUCUUUCUCGCUUCUGGUCACUGUUCUUGAGUUUCAUCCUUUUUGCUGAUCGGACUCAGAGAGUGACCAGAAGCAAUCAUGUUGGUUUACCAGGAUCUCCUCACCGGUGAUGAGCUUCUCUCUGACUCCUUUCCUUACAAGGAAACCGAGAAUGGAAUCCUUUGGGAGGUCGAGGGAAAGUGGGUUGUUCAAGGAGCUAUUGAGGUGGAUAUUGGUGCUAAUCCUUCAGCAGAAGGUGGGGAUGAGGAUGAGGGUGUUGAUGAUCAGGCUGUCAAGGUUGUUGACAUUGUCGAUACCUUCAGGCUACAGGAGCAACCCGCUUUUGACAAGAAGCAAUUCGUUGCAUACGUCAAGAAAUACAUCAAGCUCUUGUCCGCCAAGCUGGACACCGAGCAACAGGAGAAGUUCAAGAAGAACAUAGAGGGAGCGACCAAGUUCUUGCUGUCUAAGCUAAGCGAUCUCCAAUUCUUUGUCGGGGAGAGCAUGGCAGACGACAGCAGCUUGGUGUUUGCUUACUACAAGGAUGGUGCGACUAAUCCAACGUUUUUGUACUUUGCCCACGGUCUUAAGGAGGUCAAGUGCUGAAGAUGAAGGGUGAAACACCUCUCCUUUGGUAGUGGCUUUCUUUCUACGUAUAACCCUAUUAUUUAAAAUCAUUGUUUGCUUCUAUCAAAACCUUAUUACAUGGUAUUGGUAUAAAAUACUCUUAAUUUUUAAUCAAUUUUUAAGUUACCAUA